AUUUCUCUCAAAUUUCCCUCCUUUCCCUACAGGUGGAGAUGCUAGAGCGCAAAUAUGGUGGGCGUUUCAUAACCCGGCAUGCUGCCCGCACCAUACAGACAGCUUUCCGCCAAUACCAGAUGAACAAAAACUUUGAGCGUCUUAGAAGCUCUAUGUCUGAAAACCGUAUGUCCAGACGGAUCGUCCUAUCCAAUAUGAGAAUGCAGUUUUCCUUUGAAGGACCUGAAAAAGUCCAUAGCUCCUACUUCGAGGGAAAGCAGGUCUCUCUAACAGAUGAUGGCACUAAAAUUGGCGCACUGAGGCAGUCAGACCAUGGCGGGGAGAUGGGUGUGCAGGCCAAGACCCCCACCACACAGAGCGACUUCACAGAUGCCAUCACAGAACUAGAAGAUGCCUUUUCAAGGCAGGUGAAAUCUCUAGCCGAGUCCAUAGAUGAUGCUCUGAACUGCCGCAGCCUACAUGGUGAAGACAGUCAGUCAGAGCCAGGGAGAGGCCUCCAGGAUAUGGACAGAGAGGUCACCUGUCAGGUGAAACCCUCCCACAGCGCCUCAGAACACCGUAAACUCGAUGAGAUGACGGCGUCUUACAGCGAUGUCACCCUGUACAUCGACGAAGAGGAGUUAUCACCACCCCUGCCUCUUUCUCAGUCUGUAGACCGGCCCUCAAGCACAGAAUCAGACUUGCGCCAACGUUCGCUCAACUCCUCACAAGAUUAUUGGUCUCUUGCUCAUAAAGAUGAAAAAGGGGACACCGAUACCAGCUGCCGCAGUACACCUUCCUUGGAAUGCCAAGAGCAACGUCUACGGGUAGAUCACCUACCCUUAUUGACCAUAGAGCCUCCCAGUGAUAGCUCAGUGGAGCUGAGUGAUCGUUCUGACCGCAGCUCUUUAAAGAGACAGAAUGCCUACGAACGAAGCAUCAGCAACCAGCAGAGUAGCCCUAAACAAGUCAGCCACAGCCUGCCACCUCGAGGGCCGUCCAGAGAAGAAGACACUUCCCGACAUCGAUCGCGACAGCUGGAGGCCCAUCUGGCGAUCAAUGGUACAGCAAACCGGCAGAGCAAGUCAGAGUCGGAUUUCUCAGAUGGCGACAAUGACAGCAUCAACAGCACAUCGAACUCCAACGAUACCAUCAAUUGUAGUUCUGAAUCCUCGUCCAGGGACAGCCUGCGCGAACAGACGCUCAGCAAGCAGACGUACCACAAAGAAACUCGCAACAGCUGGGACUCACCUGCAUUCAGCAAUGACAUCAUUCGCAAGAGGCAUUACCGCAUUGGCCUAAAUCUCUUCAACAAGAAACCAGAAAAAGGCAUUCAGUAUCUGAUAGAGCGAAACUUUGUUCCAGACACUCCGGUGGGUGUGGCCCACUUCCUGCUCCAGAGGAAAGGCUUGAGUAGGCAGAUGAUUGGCGAGUUCCUGGGUAAUCGGCAGAAACAGUUCAACCGGGAUGUCCUCGACUGCGUAGUGGAUGAAAUGGACUUCUCAGCUAUGGAGCUGGAUGAAGCGCUCAGGAAAUUCCAGGCACACAUCAGAGUCCAAGGGGAAGCACAGAAGGUCGAGCGACUGAUAGAGGCCUUCAGCCAGCGUUACUGCAUCUGCAACCCCGGUGUGGUGCGACAAUUCAGGAACCCCGACACCAUCUUCAUCCUUGCCUUUGCAAUCAUCCUCCUCAACACUGACAUGUACAGCCCCAACGUCAAGCCUGAGAGGAAGAUGAAGCUGGAGGACUUUAUCGGCUCUUUACAUCAUGGUCUUGGCUGUGUACUAUCUCUACCCCACCGGAGACUGGUCUGUUACUGCAGACUUUUUGAAGUGCCCGACCCCAACAAACCUCAAAAGUUGGGCCUGCACCAAAGGGAGAUCUUCCUUUUCAAUGACUUGCUAGUGGUUACAAAAAUCUUCCAGAAGAAAAAGAAUUCUGUGACGUACAGCUUUCGACAGUCCUUCUCUCUUUAUGGCAUGCAAGUCCUCCUCUUUGAGAAUCAGUACUAUCCCAAUGGCGUUCGCCUGACUUCAGCCAUUCCUGGAGCUGAUAUCAAAGUCCUCAUCAACUUCAACGCACCCAAUCCUCAGGACCGCAAAAAGUUCACUGAUGAUUUGCGAGAAUCUAUUGCAGAAGUCCAAGAGAUGGAGAAGUACCGGAUAGAAUCUGAGCUAGAAAAACAGAAGGGCGUGGUGAGGCCUAGCAUGUCCCAGAGCUCCGGGUUAAAGAAGGAUGCAGGAAACGGAAACCUGA